AUGGGGGUUAUUGAGAAGAUUAAGGCAAUUGAGGAGGAGAUGGCUCGGACGCAAAAAAACAAAGCGACCGAGUACCAUCUGGGCCUUCUAAAAGGUAAAUUAGCUCGUCUAAGACAACAGCUUUUGGCAGAGGAAACAGCACCCACAGGUGGUGGUGGUACAGGAUUUGAAGUGGCCAAGUCUGGAGACGCCCGUGCGGUUUUGAUUGGAUAUCCCUCGGUCGGAAAAUCGUCACUUUUGAGUAAAAUAACGACCACCAAGGCUGAGGUUGCCCAUUACGCUUUCACCACACUUACAUCAGUGCCUGGUGUGCUGAAAUAUCAGGGCGCGGAAGUGCAGAUUGUGGAUCUUCCGGGUAUCAUUUAUGGUGCCUCACAGGGUAAAGGUCGUGGCCGACAGGUAAUAUCGACGGCCAGAACCGCGGAUUUGGUUUUGAUGGUUUUGGAUGCUACAAAGGGUGCACACCAGCGUGAGUCACUAGAAAAGGAACUGGAAGCUGUGGGGAUCCGUUUGAACAAAGAAAAGCCCAACAUCUAUUAUAAAAAGAAAGAAACCGGCGGUGUUAAAGUAACGUUUACUUCGCCUUCUAAAGCAAACCUUACAGAGGAAGCUGUCAAGGGUAUUUUGAAAGACUACAGAAUACACAACGCUGAUGUACUGGUGCGUGAUGAUAAGUGCACUAUUGAUGAUUUCAUUGACAUUCUGAACGACCAGCACUGCAGCUACAUCAAGUGUCUAUACGCGUACAACAAGAUAGAUGCAGUCUCGUUGGAGGAAGUGGAUCGUUUAGCAAGAGAACCAAACACGGUAGUGAUGUCGUGCGAAACUGAUUUGGGCCUUGAUGACGUCGUGGACGAAAUAUGGUACCAACUUAACCUGAGCCGUGUUUUUACCAAAAAGAGAGGUAUAAAACCGGAUUUCUCAGAUCCCUUGGUGGUGAGGAACAAUUCUACGGUUGGGGAUUUGUGUCACUCGAUCCAUAGAGACUUCAAGGAUAAGUUCAAAUAUGCAUUAGUCUGGGGGUCUUCAGCCAAGCAUUCUCCACAGAAAUGUGGAUUGACGCAUAAGAUUCAUGACGAAGAUGUGGUGAGUCUAUUUACUAAAUAA